AUGCGCUACAACGGUCGCUGUCCGUUCCUGAACCUGGUCCAGAUACUGAUAGCCAUCUUCUCGUCGUUGGCCUCCUUCGUGUGCGCCGGUGUGAACGCCGCUUGGACCGACGUAUCCUUCGACCCCCCGUACUCAAAGAAGUUGCGUGAGGGAGACAACGCUUCUUUUGCUGUCGUAUUUCGCUAUGACGCUAGCCCUUCGUCUUCGUUAUCGCUGAUGCGCAACUCCUCGAAGUGCGCCGGCAGACCACGGAUGGUCAAGAUGCUGUCGCAGAAUCCGGAAGUGGCUGACCUCGCCGAUGCCCCUAUGCGUUGCUCUCACUUCCGCUUCAAGCAGGCGGCAACAAGCACGAACGCUGACGCGAAAGCUGAUGAUAUCGAUGCUGAGAAAGAGCGGAUGGACAGGUGGAUGUGCUGGUCGCUGGAUACCAAUCACACCAGCGACAACGACGGAAGCGUUUUUAAUGUGACGGUCAGCAUUGAGGGAAAAUUUCUCGGCCGCGCGUUGUUGUCAGUUAUCAUUGAGUGUGAUCGCAACCAUACACUUCGACGAACGUAUGAUGUGUCAGUGCUACGUCGUAACCGACGGCUCGGACACAUCUUCGUCGGCGUGCUCACGCUACUGCUCAUUUUCGCCAAUUUACUUAUGGCUACCGAGGUGCAUCUUGAGGUCGUAUGGGAAGUCAUCAAAAGACCGUUAGCACCAGCCAUCGGCCUGUUCUGUCAGUACUUCGCCAUGCCAAUGCUUUCGUAUGGUAUCGCGCAGCUACUGUUCGUUCCGGUCGGUCUGUACAGCCUUAGCUUGGGCAUAUUCACUAGUGGCUGCAGCCCAGGCGGAGGUGCGUCCAAUGCCUACGUUGUCCUGUUCGACGGCAACGUCGAUCUGUCAGUUACCAUGACGUUCAUCAGCACCUUGCUAUCGUUGGCGAUGAUGCCGUUUUGGAUGUACUUGUUGGGCAAGCAGUUCUUGGUUCAUCAAGCGGCACACGACAUAAUCAUACCGUACAAGAACAUCGCUUAUUCGUUGAUGAUCUUCAUUGGCCCGUUGGGCAUUGGUGUCCUUUUAUGGCGCUACAAACCGUCUUGGGGUGCUCUGCGUCCGUUCCUGCUGCUUAUCAUCUUAUUCAUCAUGUCGUUCGGCAUCUAUGCUAACUUGUACAUGUUCAAACUAAUGACGUGGCGGGUGCUUAUUGCCGGUCUGACACUGCCUCUGUCUGGUUUCGUGUUCGGCCUGUUGUUGUCUAUGAUCAUGAAGCAGCCGUACAGGAACAUCGUUGCCAUUUCGCUCGAGACCGGCAUUCAGAAUACUGGCAUCGCCAUCAUGCUUCUACAGGUACUUUUCAGCUAG